AUGGCAAAGAAGAAACAAGCAAGUAAAAAGCCUUCCACGACAACGAUCAUAGUGAAGGAGGCAACAGCAGCACAAGAAGAAUCAAAUGAAUCUUCAUUGUCAUCAAUUCCAUCCAAUGAUGAAAAUAGCAACAUGGAACAUAAAUCUACUCAAAAUACGGAGCAGGAAGAAACUUAUCAUCAAACUUCAACAUCGACAUUAGCAACCACAUCGGAAGUGGAUUCAAAAGAUGAAAAACAUGAAAACCAACUACAACAUCAAGAUUCCGAAACUUCCCAAGAUUGUACCAAUAAUCAUCGAGUUAAUUUAUCGACUACUACUACUUCAGACAGCGAUACGAUAUGUACGCGAGAAGAAGUGGCAGAAAAAAUCAAAGCUCCAACUAAUAGAGAUCUCAUCACAACUCCAUCAACACCACACAACAGUGAAACCUCCACCUCUACUCUUCCUACAAAUGUGAACAACGACAUUGCGAAAAAGUACGAAGACUUUUUGAAAAAUGUUUGUGAAAUUGUGGAGCAACACUCUGAAAAUAUUGCCACAUUUUCUGAACGCCUUGGUGGCAAGUUUUGUAAAUUUGAAACAACUCUCGAAAAAUCAAAACAACAAACUAUUAAGUUAUUUGAACACAACGAAAUUAAGCAGAAGGAAAAUUCUCAAAAAGGAACUUUGUUAGAUCCAUCUGUCCGACAAAUGCUGAUGGGGUUUAUGACACAAGUUGACCAACUUUAUGAGCAAAGAGAUCGAGCGAUUACUGAGAAAAUGAGCAAAAUGGGCUCUAACUUGCAAAAAUUGAGUAAUAAUGUUAAAGUGUUUGAAGAGGCAAAGAAAAAAGAAUCUUCAUCAGAAGAUAAAUCAAUCACAGCCGAAGAAGCUGCAUCCAAUACUCAAUCUACAACUUCUAAAGUGGAGUCUAAUGCUGAGGAGAAUCUCACAGAAGAAGAGCUUAGAAAGCGGUGCAAAGAGUUCGAAGAGAAACUCAAAGAAAAGGAGAAAGAAUUUUCUUCUUACAAAACAAAAGUUGCAGAAUGGAAAGAAAAAGUUAAGGUGAUUAGCAAUAAGGACAUGAAGAAGAUCGAAGAAUUAAAAAAGCAAGUGACAACACAGGAAAAGACAAUAGAAGAAUUGAAUGCAAAAAUUGAAGAGAUAAACAAAAAGAACGAAACAAUUCCAAAUUUGGAGAAUAGUUUAAACGUUAAAGAUGAUGAAAUUGAAAAGCUCAAAAAAGAGAUCGCAUCGUUGAGUGAGAAAAUUUCGCAAAAGGACCUCUCUAUCGAACAACAUCAAAUAACGAUCAAUGAAAAGAAUCAAAUCAAUGCAGACCUAUGUGAAAAACUUACUAGUAUUCAACAGCAACAGCAAGAGGCAGCCACUUCAUCUUCAAAAAAGGUUCCCAAAUUUCAAGAUCUUAAAAUUCUUAAAAAACUUGAUCUUGAUUCCAAGAUGUGGUUCUAUGUACAACAUGAUGUAGAAAAUACUUUUGAGUGGAUUGAUCUUGAGGAAUUAAAACAGAUUCACUCAGAUGCACAAUUGAACUCACCUCUCGAUUCUCUACUACCAGAAAAAUCUAUUCUACAAAUUCAUGAAGAGUCAUUCCAACAAAGGCUUUCAGAAGAAUCCAAAAAACUCGAAGAACAAAUUAAAUUAUUCAACGAAAAGGAUGAGGAGUUAAAAACCUACAAAACUCGUGCCCAUGCUGCUUUGAAAAAGAAAACUGAUGCUCUCAAUCAAGCCAAAAUUGAUUACGAAAAUCAAAUUAAUGAAUUGAAGGAGUCUCUCACAAAACAGCAAGAAGACAAUGAAGAGCAAUCUAAAUUGAUUCAAGAUCUUCAGGAACAAGUUCAGAGCUUCAUCAUUAUUCAGGAGAAAGCUGUCAAGCUUGGAUCGGAUCUCGAUAAAGUCAUGUCUGAAAAAGAAGAUUUGGAAGACAAAAUUAAAUCCUUAGAAAAACAACACUCAAAAACCAAGGAAGAUUUUAAUGAGGAAAAAUCCAAGCUUAUUCAAGAAUAUGAACUUCAACUCAGACAAUUGGAGAGCAAGAACAGUGAAUUAGACGAGCAAUUCAGAAAAGAAUUAAGAGUGACCCGAGAACGAAAUAGAAGAAUUUUGGAUGAGAAGGAACGAGAAAUUACCAAAUUGCAAAUGAAAAUAUCUGAGAAUAAGCAAGUGACCGAUGAAGCUGAACAAGUCAGAGAGAAACUUGUGUCACUUGAAAAUGAAAUGAAUUUGAUAAAAGAGGAGAAUGAAAGUUUAAAGAAGCAAUUAACUGCCAUGAUGAAUGCAGAGAGCACACCCACAGUGAAAACACCUCGAAAGGUGGAUCAAUCUCAAAUAUUGUCAUCUGCUUUGAACGAUGGCCCAACAACUCCAACCUCAAUUUCGCAAGAUAACAUUUCUGAUCUCUCUCCUUCUGUUAGUACUUCUGAUUUGACAUUGGAAAGAGAUUUUAAUCAACUCAUGGAAUUGGCUCAGCUUCAAGCAUCACGAGAUACUGAAAUGAUGCACUACAAGGAAACAAUUUCAAAGCUUAAACAAAUCAUCAAAGAAAGAGAGCACAGUGAAAAAUCUUUCAAAAUUUUGGAAAAGCAAUUGAAAGAGGAAAUUGAACAUUUACAACGACUUCAAAAGCAAGGAGCUCCCAAUCUUGAAUAUUUAAAGAAUAUUUUGAUCUCAUUCUUAACUGGCGAGGAUAGGAUUGUGAAAGAGAAAUUACUCAAAGUACUUGCUCAAAUGAUGGAUCUUUCGAAGGAAGAGCAAGAUAAGAUUUCACAAAAAUGUUUAGCUGAGCCUUCUUCAUCAUUAUGGAAUAUUGUAAGUACUUGCAAGUGUUGUGUGAUUUUGUUUAUUGGACAAUCUUAA